CCACACAUAGUGGUGUACGUGCAUACGCGUCGGAGUUCGAAAUAAAUAAUGUUACUAAAAAUAUCGCCAUCAUAUGACUGUAUCGCGCACGUGAUUUUGUGUAUUCAUUCCAUUGUUUCUUGACAACCGCAACACAACGUUAACUAUGAUGUGCUUUGCUCAAUGGAACUUGAUGGUAUGAAAGGCAUGUUAUGGGCCUAUUUAACAAAUUGUUCUCCUACAGCAAAACUAACAAUAAACACCAACCUGUCAGUAUUAACUUUUUGGAGGAGCAUAUCAGGGUCCUGUUAUUUAGGGAGUGCGAAUUUAAAGGAAGAAAAGUUUUAUUUGACACAAAUAAAAAGACAUCAAACAACAAUGGCAACCAUGUCACAUCAAAAGAGCCCUCCAAUCACCUACCACAUAACCAACUUGCAGAAAUGGUAUUUGGUUCGGUAGCAAUGGGUUUCAACAGUUGUUGCUUUAAAAUCCAUUUAAUACAGUCGAAAUCUCAGUUGAUGUUCACUCAGGUCUUUCCUGGCCCUAGACACCGAGAAAAAGUCAGGGAAUCGUUUUCGAGUUCAUCAAGUCAGUGUCUAGAACAAAACAGCGCUGUUUUCGACGAUUCGGCAACCAGUAGCACAAACUCCUCAGCUAGCGAUCAGUUGUCGAAUUAUAGUUGUACUUCCGAGAUUUUCGGAGAUUCUCUGAGUUCCUUAUCGUCCGGCAACGUGUACAAAAAAUGGCUGAGAAGCAACAACUGUCUAAAUUCUGGUUCGUUUGGUUCGUCGAAAGAUGGCGCUUCCACCUCGAGUCACCAUCGCUCCAGCAAACUUGGUUUUGUACUUAUAAUAAACAUCCCACAAGAUAAUGAACAUUACUUUUUGGACUUUUGCAUGGACCACAUAAGUCUCCUGGAGUCCUUAAUGCAUCGUUCUAGAAGAUUAAUAGAAGUUGCUUACACAAAACCACACACCUUUGAACUAUCAAUGGAGGAAGUGUCCAAAAUAAGCAUUAAAGGAAUAUAUAAUCUAGUCUUAAGCCAAAACUUAACGGAAAAAUCUCUGCUCUACUGUGAUAUACGUAGCGUUGCAUUUAAUAGCGCCCCUAGAAAUAGUUUUUUUACGAAGUUAUUACGAAGAAACACGUUGAAUAAAAGCGGUAGUGGAACUUCACCUUACGGGAACUUCAUCAACGAAUUCUGCGAGUUACUUCAUCACACCGACAACAAAAACACAAGCUUCUUUAUUAGCGGCCUUAUAACAGCGGUAUUAUCACACCAUCUGGGCUGGGUGACGUCAUCCAUGGAACUCGACCUUGAAGGUGGCAACAGCGCCAUCUGGAAUCAGCUGAUGAACUUGUACGGCGCGAUAGGCAACCCCAGCAAAAUGUCGCACACGAUAGUGAUGGGGGAUUCACAGGAAAUCGUUGACAGAGUGCUGCGUUGCCUAGCUUACUUUAUUAAAUGCUGUGAUAUUAAGAUAAACGAGGUUUGCAGGGAUAAUGUCGAGGAGGAAAAUCGUUUUGCCGAUGAAAUGUACGAGAAAAUGAAGAAGAAAGUUGAGGCAGUGGAUGUUCAUAGAAGUUUGGAUAAAAUUAACAAUAAUUACUUGAAGAUUGGUGUUUUUUUUAAGACGAAAAAUUCGGGGAGUGAAACAUUCCAGUUUAAUAACGUAACUUUGCAAAAAACCAAGUCAUUUACGAGCAAUUUAUUUAAAGAUAACGAUAGUGACGCCAAUGAUGUUGUUAUCAAAAACAAUGAUAUAGUAAAUGAGAUUAGUGAUGAUGUAGUGUUUACCCUGGGGGAAAAUGAAGAAAAUGUACAUUCCAAAAGCGCCGCUGAUGUGUCCACCAACUCGGAAAGCCCUAAAAAAUCCUGCAGCACUAAUAUGAGAAUAAUAAAAAUGCCUAUGCCUCGGUCAACGAAAAAAUGCAAGGAACUGAGAAAAAACUCCGAUAUUCUUUCGGUGUUUAAAGGUAUUAUACCUGAGUACAUGCCGGAUAUGGUACUACAAGGCACUACAAGUCCAAAACAAGACUUUAUCUACAAGCUAAAAAACGACCUGGCCCUUACCAGUCAACAAACACAAUUCGGAAAAUAUGUGGAAGAAGUUGUGGCCAUCUUAGCGAACACCCAGUCAUGGGAAGUCCACUUGAUGUCCAGCCAUACAUAUGUGAUAGACCCCAAUGCUACUGGCCUUAGGGUUUACAUGUCUCAGUUGAUAUCCAACAUGCUGGAAAGUUUGUUUGUGAUGUGGAAAUUGCAAGUACCCCAUGAAAAUUGCAUUUCACAUCUGGAAAACAAGCUACAAGAAAUAUGCAUAAGAUCAAAAACCUUAGCUCAGCUGUUGCUAAAAGCGCCCAUCUGCAGUUUGGAGUUGUUAAAUUCUACCCUACACCUCGAUGUAAAUGAUGUUCCUCUUCUAAUGGCUAUUGCUUCAAUACAUACUCCUCAAGUUACCCAGAAAUACGGAUUGAGUUUCCAAUAAUGCUUUUUUUAAUUGUAUAUGUAUAAAAUUUAAUAUUUAAGUAAAAUGUUUUUAAAUUCAUCACGGACAUAAUUAAGAAUUGUAUUAAAUAUAA